GGGGGAAUCCAGUGGCCGCUGUGGCCGCUGUCCAGCGUGCUGAAAUCAGCACCGGUUCCAGCAAAAGCCGCAGAAACCCGUGCAACAGGGAGCCAGGGCGGCCGAGACAGGCAACAGUUCAUUUCUAUGAUGACUUCUAUUGCCCCUUCAGGCUGUUUGGUUUAAGACUACAUUGUAUUGGGAUUUUGAGCACUUAAGAAGUGACUGGUGGAUAGAGACAGCAGCCUCUUUCAUAACUAUAACAAUGCGCAGACAGGAAGAGUCCAUGAAACUGGUUACCUGGAUCUGGAUGGCUUCUUGCAACAAAAUGAUUGGGAUACUGCUUGUCUUCUUCCCUGCUGUCCUCUUGGACAUGGACUUCCUUCCUAAGAGUGCUGGCAGGAAGGUUUUGAUUGCAGGUGCUUCUUCCCAAAGAUCAGUAGCUAGAAUGGAUGGUGAUGUCAUUAUAGGAGCCCUCUUUUCUGUCCACCACCAACCUCCAGCUGAGAAAGUCCCAGAAAGGAAAUGUGGUGAGAUCCGAGAGCAAUAUGGUAUCCAGAGAGUAGAGGCCAUGUUUCACACCCUGGAUAAAAUUAAUUCUGACCCAGUCCUACUGCCCAACAUCACUUUAGGAAGUGAAAUCCGAGACUCCUGUUGGCACUCCUCAGUGGCCUUGGAGCAGAGCAUUGAAUUCAUAAGGGAUUCCUUGAUUUCCAUCCGAGAUGAGAAAGAUGCUCUCGGUCGUUGUGUGCCUGAUUCUGCAUCACACCACCAUAUCAAGGCCAAAAAACCCAUUGCUGGUGUUAUUGGCCCUGGCUCUAGUUCUGUGGCCAUCCAAGUACAAAAUCUUCUCCAGCUCUUUGACAUCCCCCAAAUUGCUUAUUCUGCAACAAGUAUUGACCUAAGUGAUAAAACUUUGUACAAAUACUUCUUAAGGGUUGUUCCAUCUGAUAUUCUGCAAGCCAGAGCCAUGCUUGACAUAGUCAAACGCUACAACUGGACAUACGUGUCUGCUGUACACACAGAAGGUAAUUAUGGUGAGAGUGGUAUGGAAGCCUUCAAAGAGCUGGCUGCUCAAGAAGGUCUCUGCAUUGCUCAUUCAGACAAGAUCUACAGCAAUGCAGGAGAAAAGAGCUUUGACCGACUGUUACAGAAACUCCGGGAAAGGCUGCCAAAGGCCCGCGUUGUGGUGUGCUUCUGUGAAGGAAUGACUGUCCGGGGGAUUCUCAUAGCUAUGAGACGUCUGAAAGUGCAGGGGGAGCUUCUCCUGAUUGGAAGUGAUGUAUGGCAGUUUAAGAAGGAAGUAGGAAAUAAGGAGGGAAGAAACUACCAAGAAACCCCAGAAUUCCGAGGUCAAACCAUCUAG